GCUUUGUUCCUCUCGUGUCUCCUCGCCAGGCUCGCCUCAGCCGCUAUCUCGAGCCCCAAAACCCUAACGCCAUGGGAAUCGCCGCCUCCUCCUCUCCGCCUCCCCCCCCAGAUGCCGCCGCCUCCGCUCCUCCUACUCCUCCCCCGGAGGCCGCCGCUCCCGCCGAUCCACCAGCCAAAGAAGAUCCCCAGCACUCUGCCACCGCCGCGGCCGGUGCGGCGGCGGCGGCGGCUGAUUCCGGUGGAGGCGGCGCAGACGAUGCCGCGGAGACGGUAGUAGUGGACGCCUCCGCGGUGGCCGGCGAAGAAGGCGAGGGGGAGGAGGAAGGGGAGUGCGGGUUCUGCCUGUUCAUGAAGGGCGGCGGGUGCAAGGAGGAGUUCGUAGGCUGGGAGAAGUGCGUGGAGGAGGCGGAGGCGGCGGGGGGCGGCGACGUCGUGGAGCGAUGCCACGAGGCCACGGCCUUGCUGCGGAAAUGCAUGGACGCGCACGCUGACUACUACGAGCCCAUCCUCCGCGUCGAGCGCGCCAUGGCCGAGGACCUCGAGGCCGCACAGGCCCGCGACGCCGCCUCUGAGACCAGUCCCUCGUCGUCGCCGCCGGAGGCACCGGCGUCGGAGGAGAAAGGCCAGAAGGAACAGGUGGCCGUGGCGGCGGUCCAUGAGAAGGAGAGCGGAGAUCCUGCGGCCUGAUUGGGCGAAAAGGCGGCGACAUCUUCAAAAUUUUGGACGGUAACCAUGGACCCAAUGCUACACAGCUACAGUGGGAGAACAUGGAGAUGGAGGACUGUGGUGAGCGAGUUGGCUCAGGCGUCAUGGACUAGAUCAGCGGCACAGCUGAGUAGGUUGAAA